AUGAUACGCUUCAGAACGAGGACCGCAAACGGACUGAGCUGGAACGCCUCGGCCCUGGAACGCCUCGGCCCUGGAACGCCUCGGCCCUGGAACGCCUCGGCCCUGGAACGCCUCGACGCCUCGGCCCUGGAACGCCUCGACGCCUCGGGCCUGGAACGCCUCGGGCCUGGAACGCCUCGACGCCUCGGGCCUGGAACGCCUCGGGCCUGGAACGCCUCGGGCCUGGAACGCGUCGACGCCUCGGGCCUGGAACGCCUCGGGCCUGGAACGCCUCGACGCCUCGGGCCUGGAACGCCUCGGGCCUGGAACGCCUCGGGCCUGGAACGCCUCGACGCCUGGAACGCCUCGGGCCUGGAACGCCUCGACGCCUCGGGCCUGGAACGCCUCGGGCCUGGAACGCCUCGGGCCUGGAACGCCUCGGCCCUGGAACGCCUCGGCCCUGGAACGCCUCGGCCCUGGAACGCCUCGACGCCUCGGGCCUGGAACGCCUCGGGCCUGGAACGCCUCGGGCCUGGAACGCCUCGGGCCUGGAUUCCCCCGGAUGAGCCGGAGGAUUCUUGUGGAACUGAUUUGUUGCAGAUUUCUGACUCUUCUUAG